AACCUGGAGCCGCUGAGCGGGCUGGCGGCCAUUUUGUGAAACAGCGAAGGAGGUGGCGGCUGCUGUAGGCUCCGGAAAGCCGUUCGCGCAGGGGCUGUCGGCCGCGGGGCGGAGGCACUCGCGCGGGGGGUAACUCGGGUCUGGGUUCGGGUGCCGCGCAGCUCUCCCCGUCUAAAAGUUGGUUUUAAUUGGUUGCCCACAGGAUUGACUUGGCCUCUACUUCUUGUUAAGAAAAUACAUCUCUUGUUUUAUCAGGUGUGUGUGGUUUCAGCGCAGCAUGGCUGUGGUCAUCCGUUUGCAAGGUCUCCCAAUUGUGGCGGGGACCAUGGACAUUCGCCACUUCUUCUCUGGAUUGACCAUUCCUGAUGGGGGCGUGCAUAUUGUAGGGGGUGAACUGGGUGAGGCUUUCAUCGUUUUUGCCACUGAUGAAGAUGCAAGGCUUGGUAUGAUGCGCACAGGUGGUACAAUUAAAGGGUCUAAAGUAACACUAUUGUUGAGUAGUAAAACGGAAAUGCAGAAUAUGAUUGAACUGAGUCGUAGGCGUUUUGAAACAGCCAACUUAGAUAUACCACCAGCAAAUGCUAGUAGAUCAGGACCACCACCUAGCUCGGGUAUGAGUGGCAGGGUUAACUUGCCUACAACAGUACCCAACUUUAAUAAUCCUUCACCCAGUGUAGUUACUGCCGCUACUACUGUUCAUGAAAGCAACAAAAACAUUCAGACAUUUUCCACAGCCAGCAUAGGAACGGCUCCUCCAAAUAUGGGGACUUCCUUUGGGAGCCCAACGUUUAGCUCAACCAUUUCAAGCACAGCCUCUCCAAUGAACACAGUCCCACCACCACCAAUUCCUCCAAUCCCAGCAAUGCCAUCUUUGCCACCCAUGCCGUCCAUUCCCCCAAUACCAGUUCCUCCUCCAGUACCUACAUUGCCUCCUGUGCCUCCUGUGCCCCCAAUACCUCCAGUCCCUUCUGUGCCACCCAUGACUCCACUGCCACCCAUGUCGGGCAUGCCACCCUUGAACCCACCACCUGUGGCACCUCUACCUGCUGGAAUGAAUGGCUCUGGAGCACCUAUGAAUCUGAACAGUAACCUGAAUCCUGUGUUUCUGGGUCCAUUGAAUCCUGUUAACCCUAUCCAGAUGAACUCGCAAAGUAGUGUGAAACCACUUCACAUCAACCCUGAUGAUCUGUAUGUCAGUGUGCAUGGAAUGCCCUUUUCUGCAGUGGAAAAUGAUGUCAGAGAUUUUUUUCAUGGGCUCCGUGUUGAUGCAGUGCAUUUGUUGAAAGAUCAUGUAGGUCGAAAUAAUGGGAAUGGAUUGGUUAAGUUUCUUUCCCCUCAAGAUACGUUUGAAGCUUUGAAACGAAACAGAAUGCUGAUGAUUCAACGCUAUGUGGAAGUUAGUCCUGCGACAGAAAGACAGUGGGUAGCUGCUGGAGGCCAUAUCACUUUUAAGCAAAGUAUAGGAUCCUCUGGACAAACCCACCCCCCUUCUCAGACACUUCCCAGGUCAAAAUCGCCCAGUGGGCAGAAAAGGUCAAGGUCAAGAUCACCACAUGAGCCUGGGUUUUGUGUUUACUUGAAAGGGCUACCAUUUGAAGCCGAAAACAAACAUGUCAUUGAUUUUUUUAAAAAGUUGGAUAUUGUGGAAGAUAGUAUUUAUAUCGCUUAUGGACCCAAUGGGAAAGCAACUGGUGAAGGCUUCGUAGAGUUCAGGAAUGAGGCUGACUAUAAGGCUGCUCUGUCUCGUCAUAAACAAUACAUGGGCAAUCGCUUUAUUCAGGUUCAUCCAAUUACUAAGAAAGGUAUGCUAGAAAAGAUAGAUAUGAUUAGAAAAAGACUGCAGAACUUCAGCUAUGACCAGAGAGAAAUGAUGUUAAAUCCAGAGGGGGAUGUCAGCUCUACCAAAGUCUGUGCCCACAUAACAAAUAUUCCAUUCAGCAUUACCAAGAUGGAUGUUCUUCAGUUCCUAGAAGGAAUCCCAGUGGAUGAAAAUGCUGUACACGUUCUUGUUGAUAACAAUGGGCAAGGUUUAGGACAGGCAUUGGUUCAGUUUAAAAAUGAAGAUGAUGCACGUAAGUCUGAACGCUUACACCGUAAAAAACUUAAUGGGAGAGAAGCUUUUGUUCAUGUAGUUACUCUAGAAGAUAUGAGAGAGAUUGAGAAAAAUCCCCCUGCCCAAGGAAAAAAGGGGUUAAAGAUGCCUGUACCAGGUAAUCCUGCAGUUCCAGGAAUGCCCAGUGCCGGAAUGCCCAAUGCUGGAAUGCCCAGUGCCGGAAUGCCCAAUGUGGGAAUGCCCAAUGUGGGAAUGCCCAAUGCGGGAAUGCCCAGUGCGGGAAUGCCUACUGCAGGAGGUGAAGAGCAUGGCUUCCUGACUGUAGGAUCUAAGGAGGCCAAUAAUGGGCCUCCAUUUAACUUUCCUGGUAAUUUCGGUGGUCCGAAUGCCUUUGGGCCACCCCUGCCUCCUCCAGGAUUAGGAGGGGGCUUUGGUGAUGUUAGACCUGGUAUGCCUUCAGUUGGAAAUAGUGGUUUGCCUGGUCUAGGACUGGAUGUUCCGGGUUUUGGAGGUGGACCAAAUAAUUUAAGUGGGCCAGGAUUUGGAGGGGGGCCUCAGAAUUUUGGAAAUGGCCCUGGUAGCUUAGGUGGCCCGCCUGGCUUUGGAAGUGGCCCUCCUGGACUUGGAAAUGCCCCUGGCCAUUUGAGUGGGCCACCAGCCUUCGGGCCUGGGCCUGGGCCUGGCCCAAUUCACAUUGGUGGUCCCCCUGGCUUUGGAUCUAGUUCUGGAAAACCAGGACCAACAGUAAUUAAAGUGCAGAACAUGCCCUUCACUGUGUCUAUUGAUGAGAUUUUAGAUUUCUUUUAUGGCUAUCAAGUGAUCCCAGGCUCAGUUUGUUUAAAAUACAAUGAAAAAGGUAUGCCCACAGGGGAAGCCAUGGUGGCCUUUGAAUCUCGGGAUGAAGCCACAGCUGCUGUUAUUGACUUAAAUGACAGACCUAUAGGCUCAAGGAAAGUAAAACUUAUGGCUCACUGUGUGACCUUGGUUCAGCUGUCCAUUUCCUGUGACCACCUCAUUGACAAGGACAUCGGCUCCAAGUCUGACCCACUCUGCGUCCUUUUACAAGAUGUGGGAGGGGGCAACUGGGCUGAGCUUGGCCGGACUGAGCGAGUGCGGAACUGCUCGAGCCCCGAGUUCUCCAAGACUCUGCAGCUUGAGUACCACUUUGAAACGGUCCAGAAGCUCCGAUUUGGCAUCUAUGACAUAGACAACAAGACACCUGAGCUGGGGGAUGAUGACUUCCUAGGAGGAGCUGAGUGUUCCCUAGGACAGAUUGUGUCCAGCCAGAUAGUAACUCUACCCUUGAUGCUGAAGCCUGGAAAACCUGCCGGGCGGGGGACCAUCACGGUCUCAUCUCAGGAGUUGAAGGAUAAUCGUGUAGUGACCAUGGAGGUGGAGGCCAGAAACCUAGAUAAAAAGGACUUCCUGGGGAAAUCGGAUCCGUUCUUGGAGUUCUUCCGCCAGGGUGAUGGGAAAUGGCACCUGGCAUACAGAUCUGAGGUCAUCAAGAACAACCUGAACCCUACGUGGAAGCGCUUCUCUGUUCCCGUUCAGCAUUUCUGUGGGGGAGACCCCAGCACACCCAUCCAGGUGCGAUGCUCAGACUAUGACAGUGAUGGUUCACAUGAUCUCAUUGGUACCUUCCACACCAGCCUGGCCCAGCUGCAAGCAGCCCCGGCUGAGUUUGAGUGCAUCCACCCUGAGAAACAGCAGAAAAAGAAAAGCUACAAGAACUCUGGAACUGUCCGUGUCAAGAUUUGCCAGGUGGAAACAGAGUAUUCAUUCCUGGACUAUGUGAUGGGAGGCUGUCAAAUCAACUUUACUGUGGGUGUGGACUUCACAGGCUCCAAUGGAGACCCCUCAACACCUGACUCCCUGCACUACCUGAGCCCAACAGGGGUCAACGAGUACCUGACAGCACUGUGGAGUGUGGGCAGCGUGGUUCAGGACUAUGAUUCGGACAAGCUGUUCCCAGCAUUUGGAUUUGGGGCCCAGGUGCCCCCUGACUGGCAGGUCUCCCAUGAAUUUCCCUUGAACUUCAACCCCAGUAACCCUUACUGCUCAGGCAUCCAGGGAAUUGUGGAUGCCUACCGCCAGGCCCUGCCCCAAGUUCGCCUGUAUGGCCCCACCAAUUUUGCACCCAUCAUCAACCAUGUGGCCAGGUUUGCAGCCCAAGCUGCACAUCAGAGGACUGCCUCGCAAUACUUCGUGCUGUUGCUGCUGACCGACGGUGCUGUGACAGAUGUGGAGGCCACACGUGAGGCUGUGGUUCGUGCCUCCCACCUGCCCAUGUCCGUGAUCAUCGUGGGUGUGGGCGGCGCUGACUUCGAGGCCAUGGAGCAGCUGGAUGCUGAUGGUGGACCCCUGCGUACACGCUCCGGGGAGGCAGCUGCCCGGGACAUAGUGCAGUUUGUGCCCUACCGCCGCUUCCAGAAUGCGCCUCGGGAGGCAUUGGCACAGACUGUGCUCGCAGAAAUACCUGUGCAGCUGGUCUCCUACUUCAAGGCCCAAGGUUGGGCCCCAUUCAAGCCACUUCCACUCCCCGCCAAGAACCCUGCGCAGACCCCUCAGCCCUAGAUUUCCUUGGAGGGUAGGUUGUGGCCAGUCCUCAACCCUGUGUCCCCAAGGUCUGCAUCCACCAGCGCCAAACCCUGCACACACACACCCCAGUGCUAGCACUUUAUGUUUUAUACUUUUAUACUUGAUCCUGCUAUUGCUGCUCUUGAUCCCACCGGCUUGCCCCUGGAGCCUCUCAUUCAAUAAAGAUCAGUAAUGACCA